AUGGCAACCGCUGCUGCUAUGCCCAUACCUACACCCGCUGGCGCGACUGCGAUUCCGGCAACUAUCUCGUCCCGUAAGACUGCGCGCCCUGCCGCCCGUAUCUCACUAGCCUCGUUGACUCCGAAUAACCUCGGCACACUCAGAAAACUUAACUCUGUUUUAUUUCCUAUUCGUUACUCUGAGAAGUUCUACAAGGAGGUCCUUGAGCCUGAGCUGGACGAAUUCUGUAAACUAAUCUAUUACAACGAUGUUCCUGUGGGGCGUAUGCAGUCGUAUUGA